AUGCUGAGCCGGUUCCGCGCCGAGGACGGCGGCGACGACGGCCUCGAGACGGGCGCCUACGACCUGAUGCACGGCAUGGCCGACGAGGGGCCCCUCCCUCGUCUGGGCAUCGCGCUCAUGGUGCGCGCGGCGCCGGCGAUGGUCGUCGACGGCUUCCUGCGGUACCAUCUCGCGAUCGGCUUCGAGAAGAUCUGGAUGUACUUCGACGCGCCCCACGAGGACGAGGAGGCCGUCGCCGUCGCCGAGGACUGCGCGACGCACACGGGCGGCGCGGUCGUCGUGCACCGCUGCAGCGGCGACUGGUGGAAGGAUCUGAGGAAACGGGAGGCGUCGCGGUUCCUGGUGCGGGGCGACUACGCUUUGCGCAUGGAGCGCGAGGCCGAGGCCCGGGGCGAGGGCGGCGGCCUGCGGGCCUUCCACUUCCACACGGAGCGGCGCAUGAUCGACAGUCUGGAGACGGGCGACGUCCAGGCGCGCCAGGCCGUCGUCGUGGACCUCGCGCUCUGCGAGGCGCAGGGCCUGGGCCUCGACUGGUGCUUCCACAUCGACGUCGACGAGCUCUUCUACUGCCCGGCGGCGCGGCACCGGACCGACGCGCGGCGCUUCUUCGCCGAGCGCGUGCCGAAGGGCGCGGACCAGGUGCGCUUCCUGAACCUGGAGAUCUUGCCGGAGAAGUUCCGCGUCGACGACGACUGGUUCUCCGACGUCGACCUCUUCAAAAUUAACAAGCUCCACUGCCACGGCCUGCGCGGCGGUACCGUCGAGCAGUUCCGGGCGAAGCGGCGCGACGCGCGGCGCAAGCGCCGCGAGCGCAUGGGAGCCGCGGGCGACUUCGACGUUUUGCGCCAGGGCUCGAACGACCCGACGCAGUGCCCCGAGUCCGUCGUGCCCGAGCCCUUCGCGGAGGUCACGGCGCGCAUCGGGACCGCGCGGCUCAACACGGCCAUCCGCCUCCUGGACGCGGGCAUCAAGCUGCCCGCGCCGACGCUCCGCGAGUCGCGCGGCGGGCGCACGCUCUCGCAGAUGCUCGAGGACGGCAACGAGAUCGAGGAGGACUUCUCCAAGGCCUGGGCCAAGGCCAAAGCCCGCGCCGCGGAAGAGGCGAAGAAGCCCAAGCCGCCGCGGCCGCCGAGCCCGCCGCCCGACGACAAGUCCUUCGGGCCCAAGGAGGACCCGGACUACGACCCGUACCUGGACCACAUCGCGGACUACUUCAACGCCUACGAGAACGGCAAGUCGGCCUGCCGCCUGCGGCCGCGGCCCGCGCGCGUGCCUCUGGGCGGCGUCCACGGGUUUUUGGGCACGGACGGCGCCGGCGCCGUGGGCAUGGACACGGCGGACAUGGCGCUCGCGCCGGUGAUCCUGCACUACGCGAACUGCGGCUUCGACUACUGGAAGCGCAAGUACGAGGUGCUGGGCGACUUCCCGGACCCGGAGCAGACGGGCGACGACGAGGAGGAGCGGCCGGGCAUGGUCAACAACAUGCGGUCGCACCUCGCGUCGCGGGAGCUCGUCGUCCGCCUCGAACAGGCGGACGAGGACCCCGGCGACGGUGGCGACGCGCGGCGCCUCAUCGAGCUCUUCUACAGGACGUGGAUCGCCCAGGACCAGCACGGCGAGAAGCCCUACCUCGCGGCCUACGGCCUCCUCGAGCGCGUGCCCUUCCCGCGGCGGUGCCUCGCGGCGCACCGCGGCCCGGGCAAGCCCCCGUGGCCCCCCGUGAAGCGGCCGCGCGCGGCGCCGCCGACGCCGCCCCGGGAGCUCUACGCCAUCCUGGACCGCGCGCCGAACAUGCCCAAGAUCCGCCGCCGGACGCAGUGGCGCGUCGUCUACGACAAGGCGAAGGUCGUGUCGCGGUGCCUGCCGUCCGUCAAGUCCGCGCCCGCGACGUCCCACGACUGCGGCGACCUCGUCUGGGGGACGAGGGUCACGCCCGACGGCUUCGUCGUCCUCUCGGACCCGGCCUUCCAGGACAACGCCUACCUCCUCAUCGACGCGACGCACCUCGGCCACGGCGUCCUCCUCGAGCGCGUCCACCCGCCCGAGCUCGAGCCCGGCGCCUGCAAGACGUGCUUCCGCUGCCCCUGCUACUGCGCCCUGCUCGACUCCUACGACGCCCAGUAA